UCUCCAUAACAAAAGUGCUAGCAAGAAAAUACUCGUAGCUGAUUCAUAAUUUUUAGUAGUUUAAAAAUUUGUUUCUUUAAAUUAAUUCAACUGUUUUUAUAAUGGAUGAACCGACAUCAAGUGUUCUUACUUGUGACAAUAUCGAGGACACCGUGCCUUCCGAAUGGAAAUAUAAAAUUUUGAAAAAGCUAGUAUUUGGCAAUCCACCUAAGCUGGAAGUAUGCCUGAAAGUUUCUCUCUUCUCUGUAGACGAAAUAGAAAAGUGGAUAGAAUCAUUGGAGGAAAAAACCCAAUGCAGCUACUCGAUACAAAUGACUAAAAAAACCAUGGGCGAAAAAGUGUUAUUCAAAAGAAGGUACCAUUGUCGUUUAAAAACGAAAUUUGACAAAGCCCAGUGCGAGUCCAAUGCACGUACAAGAAACACAAGGUGCCCAUCGAGGUUGUCAGUCACCCUAAUGAACGUAAAGAAGAAAAAAUUCCGGGGGAAGUACCCACCGGAUCCCGAAAUGCCCUGUUUAAUCGACUACGUCAUCACCCACAAUCACAGCCUUCGUUUAGCCGCUCGGUACCGCAAAGUUCCCAAAAAUACUCAAGACACCUUAAAUCUACUCUUUAACAGCGGACAUUCAGCUUCAACUGCUUAUGAAAUUCUUCGAAUCGAUACCCAAAUGCAUAAUCCCAAUGACUAUGAAGAAUUGUUGGUCAAUCGAAGCGUCUGUCCAGAUCGCAAUUACUGCCAUAAAUUAUACAAUAAUUUUAAGAAGGAUCACGGCAAUGUUGAUUUUAACAGAAAAUCGCUUGUUUAUGAACGAAUUGAGCAAUAUAAUAAGGAAGUAGGCGAAGAAUGUGCCCAAUACGAAAUCACUACAGAUGGUUAUGUAAUUGUACUGUGUCCGCCAUUAUUUAAAAGAAUUCAUCAACACAUGAAAUCUGCUUCGGAGAUCGUCUUUAUGGCUGCCAUUAACAAGGCUGACAAUGAUGGUAGUAAAGCAUUUUUCAUGAUGACUAAUAGCGACUGCGGUGCUCUUCCUUUAGGCAUUAUAAUAACAAGCUCCGAAGACGAUGAGCUCAUUACGAUCGGUCUAAACAAUCUAAAAGCUCUAAUUGGAGACAGCAUAUUCUUCGGAAGUAUCGAAGGACCUCAAAUGUUCAUAUUAGAUGAUUGUGAAGCGGGACAAAUAGCUUUGAACUCAGUUUGGCCUAAUUCGGAUGUACUGUUUUGCAGCCUGCACAUUUUACACACUCUGUGGAGGUAUUUGAUGUGCUCCAAAAACGGAUUGAACGGCCAGGAGCCCAUCGCGUUUUUCAAGCAAUUUAGAAUGAUUUUGUACGCUGAGUCCAUAGAAGAAUGCAACCAAUACUACAACGAAGCCAUCCAAGCUGCUGCAAACCAUCCGAAUUACACGCAAAUCUUGGAAGCCUACUGGGAUAAACGGGACAUGUGGGCUCAAAGUUACAAACAAUCCUCAUCGCCUACUGAUAUUACGAAAAUACACAACUUAGAAAAGUCGAUGUGUCUGCUAAGGGAGCCUAUAUUUCACCGGAUGAGAGGAUUCAACGUCGUGCAAUUGGUAGACUUUCUGUUAACGAAGUUUGUGGAAUUUUACAAGCUGCGACUUCUCGAUGCUGCUAAUUGCAGGCUGGUGAGGGACUUGACGAAGAAAAAUCCGCUCCCUCCGGUGAUCAAAGCUUUAGAACAAGUCAAUAAUCACAUAUACUUGGUGCCUAGUAUAAAACUGCCGCAUGUAAGGUACUACGUUAAUGUGGAAAUAGUGACUUGUACUUGUCUGAAAAACGCUACCGGUUAUAUUUGCAAUCAUAUCGGCUGGCUUCUUACUCUGAACGCGUCGAAUCAAUGUAGAAUUGAAGAUGUGGAUGUGCGAAAUGUAUUUCACGAAGCUGCUACUGGUGAAAAAUUGGUAUUUUUGGAUGAAGAUGUAUCCGAUGAAGAAGGUGCAAAUGAAAUGGAAUCGAACGAUGAAAAAAGCUUGGUUGACGAUCUAAUUGUAGCUGGGAACGAAGUUAUAAAGCUGGAAAUAAUAGAAGAAAAAUCAAAUCUACCACGUGUCGGCGUUUUUGUGCCUGUAGUAUCGGAUGAGCAGGCCUUAGAGAUCGGAGAGAAAAUUAAUGAAGACUUAUUCAAAACUUUUGGUUACUUCUUGAACAAAUCGCCUUUAACAGUGGGACCCGUUUUGCAGCAAAUGCUCAAUAGUUUUCAACAAUUGAGUUCUGUCGAAGAGUUCUUAACAACAUGCAAACAAUUUACUGAAGUUUUAGAAUCAAAUUGUGCAAAUUCGUAAUUAGUGGACAUGAGGUUGACGAAGUAUACGAUGGGAAGAUUUCUUCGUGUAAUGAAACUUUUCAGCUUCAUUCAGCAUCGAAUCAUCAGCUCUGCUCGUUAGUUAUGGGCCUGUGGUACGAGAACCAAUGAGGUACCUAGUAGUGUAUAUCUCUAAUAUGUACAAGCGGUCACUCCGAGAGCAAUUUCUGCAGAAGCGAUGACUUCUGAUCACCUUGUCGACCCUCCUCCAUAGUAUUCUGCAAAUCAGACCAAUGCAAUCAGACAGAUAUAACAGAGGUGCCCCUAGCUUUGCCAAUGGACAACGACUUACCAGGCUGAAGGUGAGGCGGGGGAGCCCGACCCCUGUCCGAGCCAUUGUAGGCUAUUGGUAUACCCGUCUGAUCGUAACAGUACUGGGAGGAAUCUUGUUGGUAACUCAUCAUGGGAGGAACAGUGUGCGGAUGGGGAGGAACGGGAGGAUAAAGGUGAGGAUGGUGGUCCCUGCCUGUGUAUGACCGGGGUGAUCCC